GACUGCCAGGCGCGAUGGCACUGUUCGGCGUCAGGGUGGUGGAGCUGGCCGGCCUAGCCCCGGGUCCGUUCUGCGGCUUAGUGCUGGCGGACUUCGGGGCGCAGGUGGUGCGCGUGGACCGUCCCAACACCUCCGGCGAUGUGAGUGGCCUGGCUCGGGGCAAGCGCUCUCUGGUGCUGGACCUGAAGCGGCCGCAGGGAGUGGCGGUGCUGCGGCGCCUGUGCGCGCAGGUCGACGUGCUGCUGGAGCCCUUCCGCCCCGGUGUCAUGGAGAAACUCCAGCUUGGGCCACAGAUUCUGCUGCAGGAAAAUCCAAAGCUUAUCUAUGCCAGGCUGAGUGGAUUUGGCCAGUCAGGAAGAUUCUCUAAGGUUGCUGGCCAUGACAUCAACUACUUGGCUUUGUCAGGUGUUCUGUCAAAAAUUGGCAGAAGUGGUGAGAAUCCAUGCCCGCUGAAUCUCCUGGCGGAUUUUGCUGGUGGUGGCCUCAUGUGUGCACUGGGGAUUGUAAUGGCUCUCUUUGAACGCACGCGCUCUGGCAAAGGCCAGGUCAUCGAUGUAAGCAUGGUGGAAGGAACAGCAUAUCUAAGUUCUUUUCUAUGGAAAACUCAAAAACUGGGACUGUGGGAUCAGCCUCGAGGUCAGAACCUGUUAGAUGGUGGAGCACCUUUCUACACAACCUACAGGACUUCAGAUGGGCAGUACAUGGCUGUCGGAGCAGUAGAACCCCCAUUCUAUCAGCUGCUGGUCAAAGGACUUGGACUAAAGUCUGAUGAACUUCCUAGCCAGAUGAGCACAACCAAUUGGCCAGAAAUGAAGAAGAAAUUUGCAGAUGUGUUUUCAAAGAAGUCCAAAGCAGAGUGGUGCCAGAUCUUUGAUGGCACAGAUGCAUGUGUAACCCCGGUCCUGACCUUUGAAGAGGCUCUCCAUCACGACCAUAACAGAGAACGGGGCUCAUUUGUCACUGACGAGGAGCAGCAUGUGAGUCCCCGCCCUGCACCUUUGCUGUUCAGCACCCCAGCUGUCCCGUCUACCAAAAGGAAUCCUUUUAUAGGAGAACACACUGAAGAGAUCCUUAAAGAAUUAGGGUUCAACCAGAAAGAGAUUGAUCAGCUCCACUCAGAUAGAAUCAUUGAAAGUAAUAAGCCAAAAGCUAAUCUCUAACUUCUAGGCUCACAGCUCAAAUGAAUUUGAGUGUUGCAUUUUCACUGCAGAAUGACACAUACAAUUAAUUGUGUGCAUGGAAAUAUGGAAGAAUGGUAAUGAGGUGAUCCAACUAUUGUAACAAUGAAGGACUGAUUAUACAAUCAUGAUAGCAUUCUGAAAAUGGUUAUCAGAGCAUUUCAUUUAGGAAUUUUUUGUGCAUAUCUAUUAACUUGUGGCAAUUUUUUC